GGUUCUCUCACUUCAUCUCUUAUAGAUUAACUUCCUUCCAAAAUGUCACCAUUCCUCUAUCUGGGUCUCUUGGUACUUGGGCUUCAUUCUACAAUCCAUUGUGCAUCACCUGAAGGCAAAGUAACAGCCUGCCAUUCACCCCAACAAAAUGCCACUCUCUAUAAGAUGUCAUCCAUCAAUGCUGAUUUUGCAUUCAACCUGUACCGGAGGAUCACUGUGGAGACCCCAGAUAAGAACAUCUUCUUUUCCCCUGUGAGCAUUUCUGCAGCUUUGGUUAUGCUUUCUCUUGGGGCCUGCUCCACCACCCAAACUGAGAUUGUGGAGACCUUGGGGUUCAACCUCACAGACACACCAAUGGUAGAUAUCCAGCAUGGCUUCCAGCAUCUGAUUUGUUCACUGAAUUUUCCAAAGAAGGAACUGGAAUUGCAGAUAGGAAAUGCCCUCUUCAUUGGCAAGCAUCUGAAACCACUGGGAAAGUUCUUGGAUGAUGUCAAGACUCUCUAUGAGACUGAAGUCUUUUCUACUGACUUCUCCAACAUUUCUGCAGCCAAGCAAGAGGUUAACAGUCAUGUGGAGAUGCAAACUAAAGGGAAAGUUGUGGGUCUAAUUCAAGACCUCAAACCAAACACCAUCAUGGUCUUAGUGAACUAUAUUCACUUUAAAGCCCAGUGGGCAAAUCCUUUUGAUCCAUCCAAGACAGAAGACAGUUCCAGCUUCUUAAUAGACAAGACCACCACUGUGCAAGUGCCCAUGAUGCACCAGAUGGAACAAUACUAUCACCUAGUGGACAUGGAAUUGAACUGCACAGUUCUGCAAAUGGACUACAGCGAGAAUGCUCUGGCACUCUUUGUUCUUCCCAAGGAGGGGCAGAUGGAGUCAGUGGAAGCGGCCAUGUCAUCUAAAACACUGAAAAAGUGGAACCGCUUACUGCAGAAGGGAUGGGUUGACUUGUUUGUUCCAAAGGUUUCCAUUUCUGCCACAUAUGACCUUGGAGCCACACUUUUGAAGAUGGGCAUUCAGCGUGCCUAUGCUGAAAAUGCUGAUUUUUCUGGACUCACAGAGGACAAUGGUCUGAAACUUUCCAAUAGACCAGCAGGAUUUGCUCUCCCCACACAGGCUGCCCAUAAGGCUGUGCUGCAUAUUGGUGAAAAGGGAACUGAAGCUGCAGCUGUCCCUGAAGUUGAACUUUCGGAUCAGCCUGAAAACACUUUACUACUCCCUAUUAUCCAAUUUGAUAGAUCUUUCAUGUUGUUGAUUUUGGAGAGAAGCACAAAGAGUAUUCUCUUUCUAGGGAAAGUUGUGAACCCAAUGGAAAUAUAGUUGGGAAAAAGGCCAUUGGCUAAUUGCACGUGUGUAUUGCAAUGGGAAAUAAAUAAAUAAUAUAGCCUGGUGUGAUUGA